AACACAGCAAGGGUCAGACAUAAAUGAUUUAAAGACUGUUGGGAUGUUUCUCUUCACUCUGACAACUUUGUCUCGAGUGUGUUUCUGUCUAAGAGAUGUGGAUAGCUAAGUGGGGGUGACAAUUUAUCUCUAGGGUGAAAUAUUGUUUUAGAUCAAUUUCACUUAGAAUAUUUAUUUUCCUGCUUUUACACUUUUUUUCGUCUCCACAUGCUCACCCUGGGCCAAGAGUAACCUACUUUUACUGUGGUCCUCCCCUCUCUGGCCAAGGCAAACACUGGUGACCCUAACCCUCGAAUAUCUGAGGGACUGCCUGAUGGUUUUAGGUCUUCAGAUAGCCAUGGAGGUUUUUUAAUGCUAAAAACACAUUUAAGUUUUAUUUGAUGCAGAAACUGAAAUUUCUUGGGUCCAAUCGAUGAUCAUCCAAUCCAUUCAGUGUUGCCAAUGCAACUAAAGUAGGUCAUGAUGUGAGUGGUUUUUCUGAUCAUUUCUUUGGUGUCGUUAAAGGUGUGGAGAGGUUAAAGUACCUAAGGGACGAGUGGCCUUUCCUAAAAAGGAAAGACUGGGCCAGGUAUUGGAGUACUGUUCGUAAGUGAGCCCCUGGUGUUCAGACAUUGGCUAUUGGAGUUUCUGCCAGGCUCGGCCUAAAGAAGAGGAAGUCCUCUCCAUAUCAUGAUUGAGUUCUGCCCUGGAGGUGCCAUGGAUGCCAACAUGUUAGAGUUAGAUCGAGGACUGACGGAGCCACAGAUCAAAGUGGUCUGCCGCCAGAUGUUGGAGGCUCUGGAGUAUCUCCACAGCCUAAAGAUCAUCCACAGAGACCUGAAGGCUGGUAACAUCCUCCUCAUGUUGAAUGGAGACAUCAAACUUGCUGAUUUUGGCGUGUCUGCAAAAAACAACAAAACCUUACAAAGAAGAGAUUCUUUCAUUGGAACUCCAUACUGGAUGGCUCCAGAGGUGGUGAUGUGUGAGACAACAAAAGAUGCUCCAUAUGACUUCAAGGCUGACAUCUGGUCUCUAGGAAUCACUCUGAUUGAGCUCGCCCAGAUUGAACCCCCCCACCACGAGCUCAACCCCAUGAGGGUGCUGCUGAAGAUUGCAAAAUCGGAGCCUCCCACUCUGGAUUAUCCACAGAAAUGGUCAAAGGAUUUUAAUGAUUUCUUGAAAAAAGCAUUGGAUAGAAACCCAGAAACUCGUCCAAGUGCUACACAACUCUUAGAGCACCCUUUUGUGAGAUCGGUGACGUCUAACCGUCCACUGAUGGAGCUGGUGGCUGAGGCCAAGGCUGAGGUCAUGGUGGAAAUCGAAGACAAUAGAGAGGAAGGAGAAGAUGAAGACAUAAUGGAGCUCACUGAGACUCCAGACAAGGAGACAUGCCGGUCUAGUCAGAUCAGUUUGGAAGGGGACCAGUCUCCAAACACUUCAUGCUCCACCACACCCUGCCCACCCUCGCCGAUACCUUACCCAAGGAGAGGGGCCCAACCAGAUCCAAACAUAGUUCCCAUUUCACAACAGAUUCACUUCCCAAAUAAUCAAGAGGACAAGCUGACUGAUGAGGGUGUCCUCGAGGUGGAGAAAUGUGAGAGCGAAGCGUCGACUAAGACCUUUAACUCUGACUCGGGAAUCGAAGAUGAGAAGACUACCCCAACACUGGAGGAUGAGAAGAUGGAGGAGUACUCAAAACGUGCCACAGAGCGGGACAUGUCAAGGAUCCGUUUGGCUGACUAUGAGAGUGUCAGUGUGGGUGGGAGGGAGACACCGUCUCCAAGCUCGAGCCGAUCUGUCACUCCUGCACACACACCCACACCUUCCUUCAUUAAUACACCAGUACCUGCAGCCCAUCUUGGACCAAAUGACAGCAUAAGCAAGGCUUCAGUGGAUCAAUCAUCGAAGAGCGGAAACUCUGAGGCCGUCUCCCCGUUUAUGAACGGGGGCAGUAAAGAUGCAGCCAGCCUGGCGUCGGAGCUCACAGCAAUCAACAAAGAGAACAUUAACAUAUCUGCCAGGCCCUUUUCCAGUAGGACUCUAAAGCGAACGAGGAAGUUUGUCGUUGACGGCGUGGAAGUGAGCGUUACCACCUCCAAGAUCAUCCGGGAUGACGAGAAAAAAGAUGAGGAGAUGAGAUUCCUGAGACGGCAGGAGCUGCGUGAGCUGCGACUGCUGCAGAAGGAAGAACAACGUGCUCAGGCUGGUCUGACCGCCAAGCUGGAAUCGCAAACCGAGCAAAUGCAGAAACGCUUUGACCAGGAAACAAAUGCUAAGAAGAAGCAUUAUGACACAGAGUUGGAGAAUAUGGAGAAGCAACAGAAGCAAAAAAUAGAGAAAAUUGAGGCCGAUCACAAUGUCAAACUAAGGGAUGAGACCAAGCGCAUCAAAGCAGAGCAGGAGAGGGACUACCACAAGUUCCUAGACCAGCUGAAAUUGAAGAAAAAGGAGGUAAAAAAUUCUGUGGAAAAAGUUGCUAAAAGUCAACGAAAAGAAACUUUGAAACAGAGAUUGUCUUUUUACGCCGAAGACAAGGCAAAGCAGGAGGAGAAUUUCUUGGCGAGUCAGAAGAACGAUCUAGACACAACUCUGAAGAAGAUGAUCAUUAACAACAAGAGGGAGAUUGCGGAGCAGGAGCGAGAAUGCCUCAACAAGAAGCAGGAAUUUAUCAGAGAUCGUGAGGCUGCGAUAUGGGAAAUGGAGGAGAACCACCUUAACGAGAAACACCAGUUAAUGAAGCAGCAGCUGAAAGACCAGUACUUCCUGCAGAGACAUCUACUUCUGAAGAAACAUGAGAAGGAGACAGAACAGAUGCAGCGCUACAAUCAGCGAAUGAUUGAGAUUCUGAAAGGUCGGCAGCAGCAGGAGAAGGGCCGACUACCCAGGAUUCAGCGCCGUGAGGCAAAGACUCGGAUGGCCAUGUUCAAGCAGAGCCUCCGCAUCAAUUCAUCAGGCAGCUCAUCGGAGGACAGAAAGAGGAUCAAAGAGUUUUCUCUGCAAGAGGAGAAGCGGCAGAAGGCAGAGAGGCAAUAUCAGCAGCAGAAGCAUGAGAACCAGAUGAGAGAGAUGGUUGGUCAGUGUGAGAACAACAUCAGGGAGCUGCAGCAGCUGCAGAAUGAAAAGUGCCACAUGUUGGUUGAGAAUGAGACUCAGAGGCUCAAGCAGCUGGAUGAGAAACACAAUCAGCAGAUGAAGGACUGGAGGGAGCAUCUGAGGCUCAGAAAGAAGGCCAUUGAAGAAGAGCUAAAUGCAAAGAAACGAGACCAAGAGGCGUUUUUCAUGAUGAGCGAGAGCUCCGUCUGUCUAAAUCCCAGCUCUCCUCAAAAACUCUCCAAGUUUGUGCCUUACUUAGACUCUUCCACUAUAUAAACAAAAAAUGCUGUGAUGUGUAAAUAUCUACUGCCUACAAAACACAUAGAUCUUCCAGAUGCCUGCUGCCUCAGUUUUCAUUUCCUCAGUCAUGACAGAUCAUCUAUUCUUUGUUGGAUUUAUAUAUUAUUUUAGUGAGUAUUAUGUUUUAACUUUUGUUUUAACCCUUUGAAUAGUUUUUCUUUAAAAUAGGUAACAUUUUCUGAUGUAUUUAGCUUUAAUAUCAUAUUUUUAUGCCUAAAUCUGCUUCUUGUACGACCCUCCAUCAAAAGAUAACAUCUGAAUGAUGCAAAAAGUUUUGGGGAUAAACAGAAGACGCCAAAUUAGCUGUUUUAGUGUGGAUAUUUUAGGAAAAAACAUACUUUUUUUGCCAGCCAGGAAAAUUUAGUAUGACACAAAGGAAUGCAACAAGUACUGGUUGGUGAGCCAGUGACAAAGCACUUUGUUUACUCCGGAUAAGAUUUAUUGACUCUCCUGGUUCUCUCUGCUUGGUUUGACUUGUUUUCUAUAAAGCCGUAUGCAUGUUUCAUUGCUGCGCAAGUUUAUUUAUUUUUUCUGGUUAGAAAUAUAUAUUAUUCAGAGUAACACUGUAAGUUGAACUGGAUUUUUUUUUCUUUUUAAUUUCUGUUUGUAACACCCAUACAAUGAAGGAUUGGCUUUGUUUUAUUUUUUAUGGGGAAUGAAGCUAAAUCUAAAGUUUUCUUUCUUUUUUAAUCAAACAAGGGAAGUCUAAUUAUUUUUACUGUAUAUUCAGUUACACUGGAUGAGAACUGACAAGGACAAAGCUAAAUGUUGCUAAAUGUUGACUGUUUAUGUUGUAUGGGUGAUUUCUAUCAAUUACAUGUAUAAUUGUUGUGCAGUAAAUGAACUGCCUGCGAACCCAUGUGCAAUAUAUCUCUGCAUAACUUGUGGAGGUUUGAUUUAAUUUUUUUUUUUUUUUGCAUUGCACUGAAGAAAUAUAUUAAGUGUUGAACAAAACACAAUUUAGCAACCUUUGAAGUCAAACAUUAUUAGAUAAACACAAAGUAGAUUAAUGAUUAACAGUUUGUUUUAAUUGAUAUUAUUUUUAAGGGUAAGUCAGCUGUAACGAGCUUCCAGAUGUUUAAUCUUUUACACUUCUUUUUUUAAAUGAGAAUUUUUUUUUGUCUUUAAAAAGCUGAUUUACAUCAAAUAAGGUACAGUUUAGUCACUUUUUUCCAGGCAUGUCUAAUGGCUUCUUCUGUGCCUCAGUUUACAUAAUAGAAUUUAUGUGGAUGGGGUGUGAGUAUGAAUGAAUACAUUUGUACCAGAAGGAAUCACUGAUGUAAGUUACUCAAUAAAUGCAGAUUUUCUAAUGA